CGGGUGGGCGGGCUCUUUGCAGCGGCUGUUCAGGUCGCGUGGGCUUGUUUCAGGGGUCCUGGCGUGCGGGUCCCAGCAGGAUUUUUUACUCUCGGCGUGUCUAGGAAGGGGUGAAUGGACCCUUUGCCUCCUGGAGAAGCCCCUCUGAAUGUCUCGGGCUCCCUUCCCUGACGGAAGUACCGUGCCGGGUUCAAAUUCCGACGCUGCCCGUUGGUGGAUUGCUUGCGGGUCAUCAAGGGGGAAACAGAACGACAGCGGAAGAGUCGGGCCCCUCCCACCUUAACCUACGUGAGUCUCGUCAUCACUGAAUGUGGACUAGCCUGAUACUGCGUCUUCAGCAUCAUCUGUGAGUAUUAUAUCCAAAAAUCUUUAACUUCAACAUAAGCAGGAUCUACAGGAUUGAAGAAAAAAGUGACACCACGAGGAAAAAUCUAAAGCAAGCGAUAGAACAUUCUGCAGGACAAAUAGCUUCGUCUCGUAAAGCCAGUCAGCGUCAUUAACAGCAAUAAUAAAACCCUUCGCCGCUUUUCGUGCGCUGCCGCUCUUCCGGCGUCAUGGUGCCGUCACUGUGGAAGGGGCUGGUGGGCAUCGGCCUUUUUGCCCUAGCCCACGCGGCCUUUUCCGCUGCACAGCAUCGUUCUUACAUGCGGUUAACAGAGAAGGAGGAUGAAUCCCUGCCAAUAGACAUAGUUUUUCAGAUACUGCUGGCCUUUACAGUUACCUGCUAUGGGAUAGUGCACAGUGCGGGAGAGUUCAAAGACAUGGAUGCCACUUCGGAACUGAAAAAUAAGACAUUUGACACGUUAAGGAACCACCCGUCGUUUUACGUGUUUAAUCAUCGAGGUAGGGUACUGUUCCAGACUUUGGAGGCGACAAACUCUUCAGACAAAGGGGCGCUGGCCUCUCUCGCAUCCCUGACGCCCCGGAAACUUGAAUCACUGCACCAGUAGGACUUUUUACAAAUCGUAACGGGACAGGUCACAGAGCCGGAAUGUUGGCGUUUGGGAUCAAAAAACAACUCCCCCCACUGGUAUUUAUAUUGAUCCUUCAGAUCCAAUUCUAAAAAGUCUCUGGCCCUUGUCUGUAUACUGUUAAUCAAAUCACUGGUGCAGUAGGAGUUAUCUGGGAAAUACGUCUUUGAUCUUUCCUAGAGAGAGUUCGUGUUUUCAUUUAAAACAAAUUUGCAUCUUUUGUAAAAGUCACUGUUUUGAACACAUUUCUUUGAAGGAAGCGUUGAUGGUUUUGUAAUUGUUUUCUUAGGUUUCUUUUCCUUUGCACGGCAGUGUUCAGGGUCCCUUGGGCAGCAGUGCACUGCUCUGUUUGUGCAGUGUGAGUGACAGAGAACGGUCUUCAGUGCUGAACACAUGGACUCGCUGUGCUUGUGUGUUUUAAAUAAAUAUACUAGUGACCAAAAGUA